CUCUUUGAUCUCUAUCUCCAAAAUGACUAUACUAAUCAAUUCUCCUCACGAAGAUCAAUCAAUCAAAUCAAUCACCUCUUUAAAAGAAUAUCUACAAAAAAAUCAAAAAUUUAAUCCCAAUGACCCAGUUUUUCUCAUAAUAACUACCGAAAAACCUUUAAUUAAAAAAAAUGACUAUAUCCCAAGAAUAAUACCCCUUCCUCAUAAACUUUCUUCUACAGGAUCCAAAUCAAUUCUUUUAAUCACAAAAGACCCUUCCACUGUCUUUAGAUCAGAAUUGUCUAAAAACCCAAAGACCCAGGAAUUAAUUAAAGAAAUUUACUCUUUAAAAAAAUUGAAAUCAAUUUCUAGAAAUUCUAAAAGAUUGAAAAACAUUUUUAAUGAGUUUGAUCUAAUCUUAGCUGAUCAUAGAAUUAAUCAUUUUUUGCCUGAUAUUUUAGGCACCAUGUUUUAUGUUAAACAUAAAAAAGUACCCUUUACAGUUCAAUUGGCAAAACCUUCAAUUAUUAAAUCAAUCAAGUCAAAAUCAAAGUUAAACCAGAUUAACAAACAUAAAAAUCACGACUCUAAAGUAAUAAAACUAGAAAAGUGCGAUUCAAAUUAUGUUUUAAAACAAUUAAAAUCAAUUGUUAAAAAUUCUUUUUUCAUUCCAAAUGAAAAUGGAAACUGUCUUUCUGUUAAAAUCGGCUAUCUCUCUUUCACUGAUAAAAAACUUAUAGAAAAUAUCGAUGCCACUCUUGAGUAUUUAUGUACUAGUAAAUUUAAACCGGUAGGGGGCUUAAUAAACGGUUUAAAAAAUAUAAAAUCCUUGAAUAUAAAGACUUCUGAAAGUAUAGCUUUACCAAUAAUCAAUACUGCAAAUUAAAUUUAAAAAUUUUAAAUAAAUUGUUCAUUUACUGUUAUUAACUUGAG